UUGCUGGCGAAACUAAUUGAAAACAUAAAGCUGAGGGAAACAAAAAAUAUUAAAAGCGGCUUCAGAGCCACAGGUAUUUGGCCUCUCAAUCCAAUCAAUGUUACUAAGAGAAUACCAGAACUAUAUGACGAAGUGAAAUAUGGAAUAGACAAUGCUUUACUAGAGUAUUUGAAAGAAACAAGAUCCCCAAAUCCAAUGACAGUGAAAAGAACCAAAAAAUUGAAAACAGAACCAGGAAAGUCAGUCUGCGUGGAAGAUAUUUCUAUAAAAGCCAAUAAUACAAAGAAAACAAAUGCGACAAAUAAGAAUAAAAAACAUAUUAAUACGGAAGAAGACAUUGUGAUACCGAUGUUGAAUGAAAACACAGAAGAAAAAAUAGAGACAGACGAAGAAAUAGAGACGUAUAUAUUGCAUGAAGAAACAGGGCAAAUAGUAAAAAAGAAUUCCAAAAAAUCACGUGUAAGUCUUGUAAGUUCCGCAGUUACACAAAUUACACAAAAUGAUUCUCCAUCGACAUCAACUGAAAAUGACAGUAGAAAUGAAUUGGUAGUGCCAUUGUCGUUAUUAUAUAAUCCAAAUAGUCUAAAAGCAAUUUGUAUUGAUAUUGUUACGAGCUUGAGUUCUCCUAAAAAAUUUGUUACCUCCGAUGAAAAAGUGACUUCAACUGCCAAGAUAACCUCAACUAGGAAGAAAGAAAAUAUCAAGAAAAAAUUUUUGGGUGCUGAAACAAUUCGAGACUCUGCACUACAAAAAAAAUCAAAUGCCAAACAAGACAAUAUUCUAAAAGAAAUAGAAAUAAAUAACGUUCAACCAAAAACAUCAAACAAAAUACAAAACAGAAAACGUAAAUCUAAGAAAAAGAAGAGAAAGUUAGAUAGAUAUGUAGUAGAAUCAAGCUCUGAAAACUCAGACAUUAUGAGCGUAGUAGAUACGGAAAAUUCUGAAAGCGAAUCCAUGAAAGAUUUUAUUAAAAAAUAUUUACUAGAGGAAGAUUACAAAGAAGAAUUCAAAGAAGAUUACACAGAAGAUGUUUCGUUUUUUACAGGCAAUCCGAGUAACAUAAAAAAAGAUGACUGGAUAUUGAUUUCUUAA